AUGCCCAAGGGAUCCUGGGUGGUUCGGCUUGGCAUUGUCAAUCUGACUUCGAAACAAGCAGGACAUGGGGGAAUAUGGGUGAAUUUUCAGAUUCUUGUGAGUCUUGUCAAGUUCCAGCGGGCACGGGCCCUCGCAGGACUCGAAUUUGCUGCGCAUCUUCCCACGGGAAACUAUGACGCCGGUGCCUUCGACUCGGAUGGGAACUACUACACAGGCACCGAUCGAUUGGUUUUCUUGAAGGAUUUGCACACAGCGGAAGGCAAGAGCUUUGAAGAGCGACAGGAGGCCUCUGACCGGACCAGCACCCCAGCUUGGAAGAAUGGUGGAUGUGCAGCUGGAGACUGGGCAUACAUGUCACAUGGGGACCUCAAGCUCUUGUGGAUAGUUCAUGACAAGAAGGUGAAGACUUUGGAUAUAAGCGGAGGGCCCGACAUCGAACCGAAGUGCCAGACAUGGAGCGCCCGGGGCAUGCCAAGCAUUGCAAGAUAUUUUGGUGCAGCAUGGACAUUUUCGGACGCAAAAGGCAACCACCACGUGUAUGUGGCCAACAACGACAAGAGGCUCGGACAAAUUCUUGCCAUCGAUUCCAGCUCGAUUGACACUAAAGCCUUGACAGUCGGCUUGGAGAAAAUGCCGUGGGCCGAUCCAAUCGAAGUUGCAAACGACGGCGUGAGCUGCAUGAAUGCCCCUUCCCCCUGGCCUACGAAAGAAGUCAAGGCUGAGGUAAAGGUUGAGGAGCCUGCCCCCAAGGCUGGCUAUGAGUGGGUUCUCAUGGGCGAGAGCACAGUCUGCCGAGCUGACAAAGGAGAUCACGACACUAUGCCCGACUCGCCAAGCAUCACCCUCGCUCAUGAAUGCAACUAUGGGCCAUGCAAGACCCUUGGGGCCGAGAUUCCCUUGACAGUGGAGGAUUGCCAGAAGCGGUGUCAGGACUCACCCGGCUGCAAUGCUGUGGAGAUCCGGAAGUCGGAGGACCGCUGCGAGAUCCUGGAGCAGACGACGACGUGGUUCCAAAACGUGGGGGCGAAACCUACGGUGUCUGGACCACCAGAUUUCCAAUGCUGGAUCUACAAGCCAUCCUGCGAUUCGCUCAAGGCCUUUAAG